AUGAAGUUUGUUUUGAUGGGAGCCCCGGGAUGUGGGAAGGGGACACAGAGCCCGUUUAUAACUGAGCGCUAUGGGGUCUGCCAUCUUUCAACUGGCGAUAUGCUUCGGGAUGCCGUUGCAAAGCAGACUACAUACGGCAAGAAGUUGAAGGCCGUCAUGAACACUGGUGCGCUCGUUUCGGAUGAUCUUGUGUUUGGCAUACUAAAGGAGGGCAUAGCAAGGCCCGAGUGUAAAUACGGUUACGUUCUCGAUGGUUAUCCCCGCACGUUACGGCAAGCACAGCUGAUGGAAGAAGCGGGAGAGAAAGUUGACAAGGUCAUAUUAUUUGACGCUCCUGACGAUGUUAUAGUUGCACGUACUAGUGGUCGUUGGAUGCACCGUGCGAGCGGUCGCACUUACCACGAGAUGUUUCGUCCGCCAAAGGUACACGGCAAGGACGAUGUGACGGGUGAACCGCUAAUACAGCGCGCUGAUGACCGCAAGGAGGUGGUUGAGAAGCGUCUUGAGGCUUAUCGUAAGGAAACGGAACCCUUGAUCAAUUAUUAUAUGAGGAAGGGUUUGUUUGAGCGUAUCGAUGCCGAUCGUUUUGUUGAGGCAGUGCGUCAAUCCGUCAUGUUUAUUUUUGAUCCUGUUGCAGUCCGUUUAGGGCUCAAAUAG